AUUAGUGGCUUCAGCAGCAACUAUGCUAUACAGUGGCGCGGCCUCAGGGAAAGAGGUGAAGGGCAUACCUACCACUGCCAUAUUGAGCUGUUUCACUACAAGUCAACAACCUCUCUGGCUGUUGUCCAAGGAGUGACAUGCAGUUUAAGGCUAGUUCCACUUGCCAAGCCAGUUUCACAAGCAGCAUAUACUGCAACACAAUGUUUCAUGACAUUACAAAAACAAACCAAGCAUUCAAUUGUGGACCUUGCAGGAGAUGAUGUUGAAUCAUCUGAUGAUAAAGAAUGCAUGCUAGUUGCUGGAGUUGCAGAAGUAGCAAGACCUAAAAGACUUCCUCCAGAGGUGGACGGACAGAAAGGAGGGGUGAUGUCGAGGCUGAGACACUUUAAG